AUGCCUGAUUCUGGUCUCCGCGGUGACUGUCGGUAUCCCCGCCUCCUCUUCCCAGGGAUGGUCGCUUUUUUCCUCGUCCUCUGUCUCUCUUCCAUCGUCCCCACGUCCGUGCACGGCGCCCAUCUGCCCUCCGCAGAGCCCACAGACUCUGUGUCCAGUGAGGCUGUGUUUUUGGAGGACUCUGUGGUGGGCGUUGGUGACACAUUGGUUCUCCCCUGUAACCCGCAAGACUUCCUGUUGCCCAUCGUCUGGCAGAAGGAUGGCAACAGUGUGUUGCCUAGCAACCGCACACGGGUGGGCCAGAGGGUCCUACGCAUCAUCAACGUUUCAUAUGAGGACUCGGGGACAUACUCAUGUCGACAUGCCCACAGCAACGUAGUCCUCAGCAAUUACACUGUUCGAGUCACAGAUUCCUUGUCAUCUGGUGACGAUGAAGACUACGACGAAGAUCCAGACGAUGCAGGUAAUGCAAACGAAGCGCCAUAUUGGACCCGCCCAGAGCGAAUGGAGAAGAAGCUGUUGGCUGUCCCUGCCGCCAAUACGGUGAAGUUCCGCUGUGCUGCUGCGGGCAACCCCACACCCACCAUCCAUUGGCUGAAAAACGGGAAGGAGUUUAAGGGAGAGCAGAGGAUGGGCGGGAUUAAGCUGAGACAUCAGCAGUGGAGUUUGGUGAUGGAAAGUGCAGUGCCAUCAGACAGGGGAAACUACACUUGUGUGGUACAGAACAAAUAUGGGACCAUUACACACACCUACCAACUCGACGUGCUGGAACGCUCGCCUCACCGGCCCAUCCUGCAGGCGGGCCUGCCGGCCAAUCAGACAGUGGUGGUGGGCAGUGACGUGGAGUUCCACUGUAAGGUGUACAGUGACGCCCAGCCGCACAUCCAGUGGCUCAAACACAUCGAGGUGAACGGCAGUCGAUAUGGUCCAAACGGCGUACCGUACGUUAACAUCCUCAAGACUGCGGGUAUAAACACUACGGAUAAAGAGCUGGAGGUUCUGUUGCUGACAAACGUGUCCUUUGAGGAUGCGGGGGAGUAUACGUGUUUAGCGGGGAAUUCUAUUGGCUAUGCCUAUCACUCUGCUUGGCUAACCGUGCUACCAGCCGUGGAGCUGGAGAGGGAAGACGACUAUGCCGACAUUCUGAUCUACGUGACGGGCUGCGUGCUCUUCAUCCUCACCGUGGUCAUCAUCAUCCUCUGCCGCAUGCGCAUGACCACGCAGAAAAGCCCACCCACUCCGCCCGUGCAGAAACUCUCCAAAUUUCCCCUCAAAAGACAGGUAACGGUGUCCUUGGAAUCCAACUCCUCCAUGAAUUCAAACACCCCAUUGGUCAGAAUCGCCCGCCUAUCAUCCAGCGACGGACCAGUGCUCGCAAAUGUCUCCGAGCUGGAGUUACCUUCUGACCCCAAGUGGGAAUUUCCUCGCAACAAGCUAACACUGGGGAAACCUCUUGGGGAAGGCUGCUUUGGCCAGGUGGUAAUGGCUGAGGCUAUUGGUAUUGACAAAGAGAAACCCAACAAAUCUCUCACUGUGGCAGUCAAAAUGCUCAAAGAUGACGGCACAGAUAAGGAUCUGUCUGACCUGGUGUCUGAGAUGGAGAUGAUGAAAAUGAUUGGCAAACACAAGAACAUCAUCAACCUGCUGGGAGCAUGCACACAGGAUGGGCCACUGUAUGUGCUGGUAGAAUAUGCCUCUAAAGGAAAUCUAAGGGAAUAUUUGCGAGCACGACGUCCUCCUGGUAUGGACUAUUCCUUUGACACCUGUAAGAUCCCAAACGAAACCCUGACCUUUAAGGACCUGGUGUCAUGUGCGUACCAAGUGGCCAGAGGAAUGGAGUACCUGGCCUCACAGAAGUGUAUCCACAGGGACCUUGCUGCUAGGAAUGUUCUGGUAACAGAAGACAACGUGAUGAAGAUCGCUGACUUUGGUCUGGCCAGAGAUGUGCACAACAUAGACUACUACAAGAAGACUACCAAUGGUCGUCUGCCCGUGAAAUGGAUGGCUCCGGAGGCCCUGUUCGACCGUGUCUACACACACCAGAGCGACGUGUGGUCCUACGGGGUGUUGCUAUGGGAGAUAUUCACACUGGGCGGGUCUCCGUACCCAGGCAUCCCUGUGGAGGAGUUAUUCAAAUUACUGAAGGAGGGCCAUCGCAUGGACAAACCCGCCAACUGCACACACGAACUGUAUAUGAUAAUGCGUGAGUGCUGGCACGCUGUUCCAUCUCAGAGACCCACAUUCAGACAACUGGUAGAGGACCAUGACCGAGUUCUCUCCAUGACCUCCACUGAUGAGUAUCUGGACCUGUCGGUGCCGUUUGAACAGUAUUCUCCCACCUGCCAAGACUCUAACAGUACCUGUUCGUCUGGCGAUGAUUCCGUGUUUGCUCAUGACCCUCUUCCAGAGGAGCCGUGCCUCCCCAAACAUCACCAUAGCAACGGGAUCAUCAGGACAUAA